AUGCCACAAUCAACAUCUGAAAGUGGUUCUGGAGUUGGCGUGACCACCUCCGUCGUAGAAAGUCAUCAGUAUCAGGCUGACCCGAACACCACUGUUACUCAUACGACCAUAACGUAUACCAAUGAGGAAUCAGUUCCAUCUGGAAGCGCAGAGCCAAAAUACGGCAGCAAAGAUCGAACAGCAAAGAAUAGGCCCAAGAUGGUUGUCCCAAAUGCUAGUGUGCCAGUGUUGAGCCCACUAUUUCUACGUUGCAACCCUAUUCAAAGAGCCAUAUGUGCUAAAGUUUCUGGAACACACUUGUCGACCCCCAAAGAAAAAGUGGUAUAUUGGAAAGCUGAGAUGGGUUAUUCCGCUCGGUAUCUUUUAGCUCCAACAGCAGAAACACCUGUACAAUGUACAUUCACUAUGCCUGCACUAUUAGCUCGAGUGGCAACUAUACAACAUAUCAUAAAUACUCCAAUUCUCAAUGUUAGCGCAUUCUGCUUACCGCCAAAACAAAGAGUCAAGAAGCAAAAAAUCAUAAGGAAAACUGCUUGUGCGCAUCUGAUGCUACCUCCACAAGGGCCAUUACAUGCAGAAGUUUUGAAACCUUUAUGGGAAACACUCGUUUUCACAAUCGCAUAUGGAAAACAUCUGGCUGUUGAAUAUCGGAUACCAAAAAUAACUCCUCUUAAGGUAGUUCUCAUCAAAUGUGAAAAGCAUAAGGUCAAAGAAGUAGAUGCCAGGACUUUGUAUAAAAAAGUGAAGAAACAAGAUAUCGAAGUAUGGAAAGCUAACGAACCACAUCAGAUAGUUCUGACUACAGUAGAAAGAAGCGACCCACAAAUGAUAAAACGCAUAAGACUUGAGCAAAACCCUCUGUUCGACAGAAUGCCACCUUGCUGCGAUGUCGCUGAAGUCGAUUAUCUGACAACAGAGCAGACCACAUAUAAAACGAAGACUAAUACCGGAGAGACGACUCAAGAAGAGAAGCAUACGUACGUAGAUCACCAGCUGAUUCAAAGAUGGGAGAAUACGGUACACAUGGAGAAUAGAAGGCGGCAGAUUGAUUAGCGCAUUGUAAAAAAAAAGAGUUAAGUGAUCAAAGAUUGAUAUUUCACCAUAUUCAAAAUCUAGCUAUCAAGUGAUGGUGCAGCAAUCGCAAUAAAUUG